AUGCCCAACGUUCGGAAGGUGAUCUGGUUUGGCAGCGGCUACAACGGCUAUACCUUGUCGCAGGCCUUUGGCCGGGCUGGCCGCGACCGACGGGGUGGCGAGGCCACGCUAUGGAUACCACGAGGCACAGCGGUUUCGGAAGACCUGCAGCCAUUUGCAAGCAUGAAGCGCUGCCUGACCUUUGAGCUUGGCUGGCUGCUGGAUGGUGAGGGCCACAUUUGUGCAGCCGCAGGAGCGCCGGCUUGUAAUGUGUGCUCCAUGAUGCAACCGACCAUCACAGCGCGCCAUCCAAGCCGUGAAGCACAUGGGGCGCCAGUAUCACACGAGGGCCAGACGCGGGCCAAACGAGCACAGUUGAUGGUACCAUCGGCGCCCAUUCAGUCAGACGACUUUAACACGGCUCUGCUAUGGAUGUGCACCUACUGCUGGGCCUGCAGCUGCAGCAGAGACCGCUUGGUUGCUCACCACCAGCCUUCUUGCUGCCCGGCCAUGAAAGGGCGCUGUUUUCGAUGCCACUGCCGCGGCCAUGGUAGUGGCACUUGCCAAGUGAACUUGGGGGCUGGUGUUUGCUACCGGUGUUGGAGGCCGCAGAAGAUUGGAGGUGAGCGAGUGGUGGAGUGCACGGGGCGGGCCUGUGCCCAGCGCAACCGCGAGGCCAUCCGGGCCUUGGUCGCGUCUGUGUCACGCAGUCAAACUUUGCGCGGCAUCAUGCAGCGCAUGGAGUGCCCUGGCAGUUAG